GACGUGUUACUCACGAACGCGAGGCACCUACGGACACCGUACAACUAGUUAGUGUUAAUUAAAGUCAAUAGUUUCAAUGAAAGAGUGGCUCCCUAGGUAGUAGAUCUCACUAUAUCCGGGUCUUAGAAAACGAUUAGCGGUCGCCCGCGUGUCGACAGGUCUUCCUGAAUUUGCUGUACUAAACUGUACGAACUUGCAACAACAAUGCGUGAGUGCAUUUCAGUCCACAUCGGUCAAGCUGGCGUUCAAAUGGGCAACGCGUGCUGGGAACUCUACUGUCUCGAGCACGGAAUUCAGCCGGACGGUCAAAUGCCGUCAGACAAGACGAUUGGCGGGGGUGACGACUCGUUCAAUACUUUCUUCUCUGAAACGGGAGCUGGGAAACACGUUCCCAGGGCUGUUUUCGUCGAUCUCGAGCCGACCGUUGUGGAUGAAGUUCGAACAGGAACGUAUCGUCAACUCUUUCAUCCUGAGCAGUUGAUCUCUGGGAAGGAGGAUGCAGCUAACAAUUAUGCUCGUGGUCACUACACUGUUGGCAAGGAGCUGAUUGACAUAGUGUUGGAUAGGAUUAGGAAAUUGGCUGAUCAAUGCACUGGACUACAGGGUUUCCUUAUUUUUCAUUCAUUUGGUGGUGGUACGGGCUCUGGUUUCACUUCUCUUCUCAUGGAACGUCUCUCAGUUGACUAUGGCAAGAAGUCCAAACUGGAGUUUGCCAUUUAUCCUGCUCCACAGAUCAGUACAGCCGUGGUCGAGCCAUACAACUCGAUUUUAACAACUCACACGACUCUGGAACAUUCUGACUGUGCAUUCAUGGUCGACAAUGAAGCUAUUUAUGAUAUUUGUCGUCGUAAUCUUGAUAUCGAACGACCCACCUACACUAAUCUCAAUCGGUUGAUUGGACAGAUUGUGUCAUCUAUUACUGCAUCUCUGCGAUUUGAUGGAGCACUCAAUGUUGAUCUGACCGAGUUCCAGACCAAUUUGGUUCCCUAUCCUCGUAUUCAUUUUCCAUUGGUCACCUAUGCUCCAGUGAUCUCGGCUGAGAAAGCAUAUCACGAGCAACUGAGUGUGGCAGAGAUCACCAACUCUUGCUUUGAGCCUGCCAAUCAGAUGGUCAAAUGUGAUCCUCGUCAUGGCAAGUACAUGGCUUGCUGUCUGCUGUAUCGUGGAGAUGUGGUACCAAAAGACGUAAAUGCAGCCAUCGCUACGAUCAAGACAAAGCGCACCAUCCAGUUUGUGGACUGGUGUCCAACCGGAUUCAAAGUCGGCAUCAACUACCAGCCUCCUACUGUCGUUCCCGGUGGUGAUCUAGCCAAAGUGCAGCGUGCCGUUUGCAUGUUAUCCAACACAACUGCCAUUGCGGAAGCUUGGGCUCGUCUGGAUCACAAAUUUGAUCUGAUGUACGCCAAACGUGCCUUCGUUCACUGGUAUGUGGGGGAAGGAAUGGAAGAAGGAGAAUUCUCUGAAGCUCGUGAAGAUCUUGCAGCUUUAGAGAAAGAUUAUGAAGAAGUCGGCACUGAUUCUGUUGAUGAAGAGGGUGGAGAAGAAGGAGAAGAAUACUAAGUUGUGUUGGUCUUGACAUCUGCUUGGACAGUUACUGUUUCAGUUGCUUUGAAUUUGCUAAUUGAAAACAUCUUGAUUUAUUGUGCUGUGUUGCAUUAGUGUACGUAAAUGCUAUUGCAGUUAGAACACCAACAGCGUGAGUGGUCAGUUUUUAGGGCUUUGCGUCUCAAUACUCAAAUGUGUGUUGGAA